AUGUCGCAACCCGCUGGUCCCACAGAAUCGAGAAUUGUUAUGGCAGAGCAGAGUAGCCACGAUGUGGUAAACCAAACCCUGUCGGGCGGCGAACCUUCGCCGUCCGACGUUCCUGCGAGCACCACCGACAAGACACCUGCCGGAGGAGACGUGGGGGAGUUCAAAGAUACUGCUACAACGACACCACCGGGGACGAACACAAGCGCUCAACAAGGGGAACGAAAAAUGGAUGCUGCCGAACAACUAGGACAGAACGGAGCCGCCAAGGAUGCCGAUCAGCCGCCGAGCGUGAGUGUUGCCGACAUGGACGCUUCCAUAUACCUACUGAACCCGACCCAGGACACCCCAAAGUCUGGUCUCCUGCCGGUCGCUGCAAGAGCACUCGAGAUGAAUGGAAUGACGUCUGGGUCAGAUGGUGGCGAGGACACAGCCUCUCAAGGAGGUUCGGAGUCCGACGCCAGUCGAACGGAUGGCAGAUUCGCUCGAGCCGGCUCCAAAAAGCCAACCUCCUUCAAGCCGGUUACCUUUGCCAAAUUUUCUGUUCCCAAGGCGCCGGGCACUCCUCCCAUAACGAAGGCUUCGGAGAAAGCUCCCGUUACUUCAACCACUCCUCUGGGCACGCCGCCUCCCACUUCACGCCCUCGCUUGGUCGUUAAGUCCACUAGCAGCCUACGCGACUCUCUUUCAAAAACGGGGAUGGGCGCGAUUAGGCCUGGUGCAGGUGGACCGGACCCGAACCAAGUUUGGAAUAAGAAUCGCCCCGUUCAACAAACACCUCCGAAACACUUGACCGAUGAGGAGUUGAAGCAGCAAUACGGAAUUCACAUGACGUCCAGGAUACAGGAAGAUGGUGGGGGAGGUGAAGGUAAAUGGGCCGAUAUCGACGACGAUGAAGACGACUGGGCUCCCGAGACGAUUGAGUGGACUGAUGGAACGAAAACCGACCUCACGCAACAACCAGAGCCUGCGCCAGCAGCUCCUGCUCCUCCCCAAGAGAAGGCGGCGGCGGAUUUCAAGAAUGAUUUCCCACCCGUGGAGCAAGCUGCUGCUGUUGCUGCCGCUGUCAAGGAGCCUGCAAAGUUUGUCCCAAAACCUGUGACCUCUAUCGGCCCGAACCCUACAGUUCUCCGGCUUGGAGCAAACGCAGAAAGGCAAGCAAAGAGUGCCAUUAUUGCUGCCAAAGGACCCAACGACAAAUCUCCCCUGUUAUCCACAAGUCCAGCACCCCCCCCUGUCAAGUCGCCUUGGGCCCAGCUACCGCCGGUCGAGAAAAUCUCCCCUGUAAUUCCUCCAGUCCAGGUCCAACCGCUAAUGCGGCCUCCCCUUAGGGAGCCUCACUUAGGUGACGGUCCACUUGGACCCCUGCCCCCGAAAGAAAUCGCCGCAGAUGACUUCAACCGGUCCUGGAGGGAGAUGCAGUCCGGAACUCGGGAGCUCUACAAUUCUAGAUCGGGUCGCUACGAGCCUGUCGCGGAAACAAGAAAAGGAGCCUGGCGUGCUGAGCAGAACUUCCGGGCGCCUUCUUUGUUGCAGAGGCCAGCACACGGCGAGCAAGCAGGACCAGCAGAGCCCUCCGCCGCUUUUCAAACACACAGGUCGAGUGGCCAAGAUGGGAUGCACUGGCCGCGGCGCCGAACAUCGUCUAAUGUUAGUGGAGGGAGUGGCAGCUUCGGACGUCGAAUGUCGAUUGGCAGGCCUGAUAUGGUACCUAAGGUAUUUGAGUCUAGGAGAGGGUCUCAGGUAAACGGGAUGAUCGAAUCAUCAUUACCUGUUAGAGACCUGCCGCCACCUAAGGAUGUUCCUCUGCGCGAGGUCUCGCCUUCCCGGAGGGGUCCCGGCCCUUGGCCCUCAAGGGGUGCUGCACACGUACAAGACAGAAUGCCCAAUAUGCCCGAUGGAGUACCACAGCCGCCUACUGCAGAAGUAACGGAGGAACAGGCGCCAGCAGCAGAUGUCCAACCGCCACAAGCGCCUCAAGAGAACCCAGUCGCCAUGCAAGAGCGCAUAAUGAAGGAGAAGAGGUUGGAGGCUCGCCAGCGAAGAAUAGAGCAGGAAGAGAGGGAGGAAGCGGCGAAGCGCGAAAGGAUUCGGCAGAAGCUUGAAGCACUGGGCCCAGCUCCGGACAAGUCGAAGCCCAGGUGCAAGGAGUCGCUGGAUAGCGGAAAGGCCGAGACCAAUCCCCCGCAGUCCGCUGCGCAAGCAUUCCAUUCUCCACCAAAGCCACCAGUUCCCGAACCGACCGGGGAGCCUAAGCAGUAUGGUAUGAUGAAGGUUCACCAUCCGGACACUGUGAAGAAGCUUGUGGAGAGGGAGAGGGCUCCGGAAAAGGCGCCCUCAGCCGCCAAUGCCCGACGCACUUCUUCGCCGGCUCGUGAGUCGAAACAAGAUGCUUCCGCGCCGAAUGGAUCUCAGCAGCAACCCGGUGAUACCCAAGUACCGAGUUCUGACAAAGCGCCUGAAGCUCAGACCGACGAACAAAGCCCUCAGUGGAGAGGAAACCUCAAUGCUCCCAGCACGUAUCUGCCUUGGUCCCCGAAUCCCAAGUUUGUGGGAACGACGCCUCCUACCAUUUCGAAUCCUUGGAAGCCUCUAAGCAAUGACAAGACCUUAGGAAAUGGUAUAUUCGAGCAAAGUCUCGGUGGCUUCCCAGCAAGGGAUAUCUCUCUCCGCAGCCACUUGGGUCUUGAUCAGCCAGCCAUGGCGCCGGGCUCUCAGCCUUUCUCUGCUCCCUCGCGAUCCCCACAGGAGAACGCAUCGAUCCCACCUUUGGCGUCCCCGGAAGUCAGGCAUGUCUCUUACGAUGCCAUUACUCCGCUUGUGCGCCCCGGGCCAAUCGGUCCUCCCAGUUCGCAGCACUCUCACCGGCAACAUGAGAGUCGCGCUGCUGGAACAGCAGCCUGGAACAAUUUCCAUUCCGUGGCUACGAAGCGUGAGGCAGAGGAAAACGAGAAGCUCCGCAACGAGUUCAACGCCAUGCCUCAGGGCCCCUCUUCACUCCAGGUUACAUUUAAUGAGACUUGGAAGCAAGUUCGGACCGGAGACCAGGCCGGACAGAGACAAGUCGUUGGAAUCACGAGGUCAUCAGAGAACAACCCACCACUGGCAGCCCCCCUUCCUGGGUUCGAUCACCCUGUUAACCCUCUGCCUUUCACGGAGACACCUGCCCGGCCUCUUGGUAGCGUUCCAGUCCGCAGUUCACGGUUUUUCCCCCAGGCAACCGAGCCUCCCCGGAAGCCAGCGGCUGAUGAUGGUGACUUUUACCGGAGCCCUUCGCCACCUCCGCCGGAAGAAAUGUCGAGUCAUCCAGUGUAUACUGGCAACUCGAACAGGCCACUGGUCCAUCUUCCUGCGCCGAAGCCUAUCGUCAAACUGCCUCCGAAGGUCAUCGCUCCGCCCCCUCCGCCUCCCACCUUCGCCUCUAUGGUUGCCGCCCCUCCGCGGUCCAACUCUCAGCACGUUACGUCCUGGCAGGAGAAAAUCAACACACUAUUUGGCAAGAAGACGGUGCCGGAAAAGAGGAAUGCUCUGGCGGUUACAUCGGCGACCAAGGAACCACUUGACGUCCAGCUGCACAUCGCUGCGGUCUCCGUUUCCCUUCCUUAUAACGGCGAGUCUCAUAUCGGAGACGGUGAGAUGACCGCGAAGCAAGUCGAAGAGGCAGAGGAGAUUUUUGAAGACCGUGAAGUGGGAUCUUUGCCAGUGGUUCGAGUACCGACCCGGGCACCUCCCGCAGCAUGGCAGGCAGCGCCGCCGCCUUCGCAGUCUCGCUUACGAUCGAAGCACCUGAAGUCGAUGCAGGUCCACAGCAUUGAGCCGUUCUUGGUUGGGUUCCAGGACAGGGACUCCUCCGGAAACACCAGGGUUUCUAUCCGCUUCCCCGGCGCAGCGCUUGCGAAGACCCUGUCUCUUCCCCGGAAAACAGGACCUCAUACCUCCCGCCCUCGCGGGCCUUCGAGCUUCAAGCCUCGCAAGAACACGAAGCCGCGCGAAGCACCCGGGAAUCCAAACACCAAGAAGCCUGCCACAUCCCAGCAGCCCAACGGCAGCAGCUCUCCGCGACGCCAGUCCCGGAAUGCGUCUUGGGGUCCCCGUACGUUCAGCGGGUCCCAGUAA